AUGAAGGAUUUCGCCUAUUGCUUCUUGCCCUUUGGGGGUUUACUGGCGGCUUUGCUGAUUUUCGUGCCGACAAGGCGCGUCCAUAGGGGGUGUGUAUCGCUCUGCUGCCUACACCUCCAACUGGGGCCUCUGCGCAUUGGCAUUGCCGCUUCCAUAUGCUUGUAUUCGCUGAUCCGCCUCAGCUUCACCGUCAUCAAGCUGCGAGAAGUGUAUGCAGCCGCAGCAAAGCCCGAAACUGCCGCAGCCUUAGCAGCGGCGGGGAUGCCUGGCAACGUCGGUGCUGUAGUGAAAGGAUCUAGCAGCUACCAGCUGCGGCAUGAGCGGAAUUUGUGGAUCGAGUUGUUCUGUCUGGUGCUGUGGCUCUUUGUAUGGCGGUGCGGCAAACUUUUGGGCAAGCAGUGGCAGUGUAUCGACGCUCUUAAUGCUGAGGUAGUCCUCCUCAAGCGAAAUCUGGAAGAAAGCUCUGCAAGCGAGACACGCCCCAAGAGCUCGGAAAACGCCAGCAAGGAGGGUGGCAAGGAGGCAGUUAUCUGUCGAGAAGCAGACACUACCACGCAUGCCAAUCUGCCAGCAGCUUCCCACUGCCUCGCUGUGUAUGCGGCGAAUGCCUCUGCGCAGGGACAGAGGCAGCAUCGAAAUGAUGCGCCGGAGGAAACCCGUGGUGACGGCGGCUGCGGAAUGAAUGACUAG